AGCUGUAGCAAAUCAAUACAAACAUGUCCGCCAUUGUUUAGUUUAGUUUGUGAGUUUUUCCUUAAAUUUUCAGUGUUAAAAUGGCAUUUUUCCCUGUAUUUUUUACCGUUUAACGCGCGCCUUUACCAAAAUGUAGAAUUUCAAUUCGCAAGUUGCUCUAUACGGCAAAAAACAGUAAAGUUUACGGUAUCAAAAAUGUAUUUUUAGGCAGGGCAUACAAAGGAAUUUUCUAAACCAAUUAGGUUUCCAUAAAUAUUGGUACUUUCAGUUAUCACUGCAGCUAAUUACUUUACAAAUAUCGAAAAUGGACGUUGUGGGCGAGUACGAGUAUGCUCCAAAAGACAUUUUGGGGCACGGAGCGUUCGCCGUUGUAUUUAAAGGAAGAAGUAAAAAAGACCCUAACUUUAUAGUGGCAAUAAAAAGUAUAGCCAAAAAGAAUUUGGCUAAAUCCCAGAAUUUACUGGGAAAAGAAAUAAAAAUCUUAAAGGAACUUACUGAGCUUCAUCACGAACAUGUGGUUGCUUUACUCGACUGCAAGGAGACCACCAAUCAUGUGUUCCUCGUUAUGGAGUACUGUAAUGGAGGCGACCUGGCGGAUUAUCUUACAGCGAAGGGCAGCUUAAGCGAAGACACCAUUCGGAUGUUCCUUAAUCAGUUGGCUGGUGCAAUGAGGGCCCUUCACGCGAAAGGGAUCGUCCAUAGGGACCUGAAACCGCAGAACAUCCUGCUGUCCCACACCGGAACUAAACUGCAUCCCCAACCGUCGGAAAUUAAACUUAAAAUCGCGGAUUUCGGGUUCGCCAGAUUCCUGCAAGACGGCGUGAUGGCAGCUACUUUAUGCGGCAGCCCCAUGUAUAUGGCCCCGGAGGUGAUAAUGUCCUUACAAUACGACGCCAAGGCGGACCUCUGGAGCUUAGGCACGAUCGUAUUCCAAUGUUUAACCGGGAAGGCACCGUUUCAAGCCCGGAGUCCUCAGGAACUCAAGUCGUUUUACGAAAAAAACGCCAAUUUGGCACCUAAGAUUCCCCCUAGUACCUCCCAAGAGCUGUCGGACCUCCUGAUGGGCCUCCUCAAGCGCAACGCGAAGGAGCGCAUGAACUUCGAAACAUUCUUCAAUCACAAGUUCUUGCAGAGGGAAUCGCUCGCGAACGCCGCCCUGAUCCACGGAGAAUUACCUUUGCCCAUUUAUGGUUCGUCGCCACUACUAUCUAAAGUACCCUUAAAACCCUCCACGCCGGUUAGGAUCGCCACACCACCAAGAUCACAACCAGAAUCGCCGCGUUCGGCAAGAACCGCGCUCAGCUCGAGUCCUGACGACGAUUAUGUUAUAGUUCCGCAACACGUGCCCUCCCUCGGAUCCGGACAAUCCAUCGAAAGCAGCGCGGAGAAGGAAAAACCCAACCAUAUAAAAUUGAUUGCAAGACCUGCAGCCGCGGAGGCCACGACCAGCCCCGAUCAACAGCCUCCGCAGCCCGUACCGAGCAGCCCCACCUCGCGCCCUAAUUUCCUUCCGAUUUCCGAGCCGAUUCCGGUUCCCACGCAAAGGGAGGCUUAUCAGCGGAUGCACAGCCAGAGGGCGGAAAUUAAGAAGGCCGGCGGGGAGGAAAUGCAGGCCCCUCCCUCACCCGUGGAGGUGAAUAACUCGAUCCCACGCUCGCAACCGAUUACGAUGAAGAGGCCAAUGGAUAGACAGAGGAGCACCGAGAUUGAUAUCGCGUCGCUGUCGCCACCUUCGGUGCAGUUCGUGAUCGGUACGCCGCCGGGGGGCGGCAGACGUCGCUCCACAUCCAGUUCCCUGUGCGAGACUCCGCCGCCGCCCAAUUUGUGGACCGUCAGCCCCUCCAGCGUCCGAAACGCUUCACUGAGCUCGCCCCUAAGACGAUCCGGUACCUCUCCUCCCGUGAUAAGCGGCCCACUGGCUAGGGUUCCCAUAUUGAGCAGCCCUAAUUUGAGCGAUAACAACAAUUUAGGGCGUUCCCCGAUGAUCCCUUUCUGCACCAGAGCGGUCACCCUACCGGAAAUCUCGGAAAUGGGCAACUACCAUCAUUUCUUCGAUCAUACGGAGACGGUGGUGAGCAACUGCGACGCUCAACCCAUUGGAUUCGCGUCAGAACUACCGGAAGAAACCUUAUUGGAGAAGGAACACAACGAAACGUUGGCGAAGAUCAACUUCGUGCUCGCGUUGAGCACUUGCAUCGUGGAACUGGCGGCGCAAAGGGCGGCCCCCAUAAGCGCCAUGGUGAGGGGCGGCUCGGGGGCGGCCCCGCCCCCCACCACCGACGUGGAGCGACGCACCGAGCAGCUGGUGUUGUUGGUGCGGGCGUUACAGUUGCUUAGUAGCGGGUUGGCGUUGGCCACGAGACAGUUGACUAGCGGACAGUUGAGGCCCAGUACGGCCGUAAAAAAUGUGGUGUCGAAUCUGAACACGAAAUUCCGCACGACCCUGAUGGAGUGCAAACAAUUGAACAGUUCCGGACUGUUGAGUAAAAUCGGCACCACCGAAAUCACCGCCGAUAAGAUCAUUUACGAUCACGCGAUCCACAUGUGUCAGUCGGCCGCACUGGACGAGCUCUUCGGGAACCCGGACGAGUGCUUCCAGCGGUACCAGACCGCUCAGAUUUUACUGCACAGCCUUUCGCAGCAGGUGCACAACGAGCAGGACCGGAUUCUGCUCACUAAAUAUAAAGACGCGGUGGAAAAACGACUGUACGUUCUACAAGAACAGGGCUACAUAACCUAUUUGCCGCAAACAUAAAGAAAAACAUGAUUAGGUAACUUUAGUAUUAUUGACAAGUUUUAGUUGGUAAAACCCCUCGUUACGUAUAGUUCUUAUGGUUGUGUAAAGAUUACAGAGUGUAAAGUGUAAAGUUACGGUUUUUUUUUUGUUUCUGUAGUAGAAUUUAAUGUUUGAUGGCACGAAGGGAAGUUACUAUGAUCCAAAUUGUCUUUAUUUAAAUAAAAUAGUGAUUCUUAUA